UGUAAAACUUUCCCACUUCCAGACUGUGAGCUCCUGCCUAGGAUAAGAGCACCGGAGUGGAAAAGUGUGAACUCCAGACCUGAGUAAAAUCAUCUCGAUAUAAGACUGUAACCUCCAGGCCUGAAUAAUAUCAUCCCUAUGCAAAACUGUGAACUCUAGACCCAAAUAAAAUCACCCCAGUGGCAGACUGUGAAUUCUCGACGUGAAUAAAAUCCCCCAAUGUAAGACUGUGAAUUCUAGACCUGAAUAAGAUCACUCCAGUGGCAGACUGUGAACUCUAGACCUGAAUAAAAUCAUCCCAAUGUAAGACUGUGAACUCUAGACCUGAAUAAAAUCAUCCCAAUGUAAGACUGUGAACUCCAGUCCUGAGUAAAAUCCCCCCAGUGUAAGACUGUGAACUGUAGACCUGAAUUAAAAUCACCCCAGUAGCAGACUGUGAAUCCUACGCCUGAAGAAAAUCACUCCAGAGCUAGGGUGUGAACUCCAGAUCUGUAUAAAACCAACCAGAGCCAGCCCUGCAUUGAGCUUCAAUAAUGUAUAAAAUCACCAAAUAACAUUACACGGAACUUCCAGUCCGUAUAAACCCUGCCCAACUGAGAUCUUUUUUGAGAGCUGUAUACAACUGUGCAGAACGUCCACCGACCGACCUUUGGCCAGGAUUACACCUGCUUUUGUGGGACCAUGAGAUUGCGGCAUAAAGGCGAUCUUCUCUGUACAUUCCUCCUCCUAACAGCAUUCUGUAUUUUGCUCUACAUCCAAAUGCGCUCAGAUACCCUGUGGCUGGACAAACGUGAGCAACAACAACAGCCAGGAACCGAGCGAUACAUUCUGCUGGGAAGCACCAAGGCAGCAACCCCUCUGGCGCUGACCAGCAGUACGGCAGAGUCAGGGCGAGUCUGUCAGCCAGCCCAACAGCCCGAGACUGCCCAGCAGCAAUGGAAAACAUCACCACCCUCCAACUUUUUGCCCUGGAACUACCGCCAGUAUCUCUGGCAAAAGGACUGUCGGGAGUUCCAGCAGAUCAUUAACCAGGAGAACAAGUGCCAGAAGGUGACAGGGGAACAACUGCUGCUACUUUCCAUCAAGUCCAGGGUGGAGGAGUUUGAGAGGCGUGAGGUAGCUCGGAAAACCUGGGCCCAGGAAAGAAGUGUCCACCACCUGCAGGUCCGCAGGCUCUUCCUGCUGGGAAUCCCGGCCAACCAGAGCUCCCUGGCUUCCUGGAGUGGCCUGCUGGAGCAGGAGAGCCAGACCUAUCAGGACAUCCUCCUGUGGGAUUUCCAGGACACCUUCUUCAACCUCACACUGAAGGAGAUCCACUUUCUGAAGUGGCUGGAUCAGUUCUGCCCCUCCGCAGAGUUUGUCUUCAAAGGGGACGAUGAUGUCUUUGUCAACGUGGAGAACAUUGCAGAUUUCCUCGGGGAUGCUGACCCCAAGGGUGACCUGUUCGUGGGCCACAUCAUCUACCAAGCGCUGCCCAUCAGAUCCAACAAGAGCAAAUAUUUUAUCCCAGAGAUGAUGUAUGGUCCAGGGGUUUACCCCGUGUAUGCGGGAGGUGGAGGCUUCCUCAUGUCCGGGCACACUGCGAGGAGGCUGUACCAAGCCAGCAAGGAGGUAGACCUCUUCCCUAUCGACGAUGUCUUUCUAGGGAUGUGCUUGCUGCGGAUUGGCCUCGAGCCCCUGACUCAUGAAGGAUUUCGAACGUUUGGCAUCGUCCGCCCCUCAGCUGCACCCCACUUGCAGACGUUUGAUCCGUGCUUCUACAAGGAGCUGAUGGUGGUCCACAGCCUAAAGGUGCCUGAAAUCUGGCUGAUGUGGAGCCUCCUUCAUGACCCGAAACUGGACUGUGCUCGCAAAGGGUCCAUGAAGCAUCCAUUCAGGUGGAGAGUCAAGCGGAAGUCCACGCCCACCCCAGUCCGGAAAUUCAAACACUGACAGAGGACAAAAGGGGAAGAUCUCUACCAUUAUCUGGAGACAAUGCCCUCAGUCAUUACCUUUGGAAAUUUGUACUUUCAAUGUUUAUAAAUGUCUCUUUGUAAUAUUAUUAUUUAAAAUCACCCAUGGCAACAGAUACCUGCACCUCCCCAGCACAUUAGCUUAAGUAUUAAGCACAGCAAGUGGAUUUGUCUAAAUCCACACACAGCCACUUCCUCACUAUCAUCAAUGGUUUCACUCAGAUCUGCCAUUUCGUGCCUUAUAGACUAAUCUUUCAGGCACCCCAAAGUCAGGAACAGUGGGGAGGUGCUGAACAUACUGACACUGGUCAGCAUUGGGAUGGUGAGGUCCUGCAGACCCAAGCCCUGUCCAAACAAAACCAAAACAAACCCAUUCCUGUUUGCUGCUUACAAAGUGAAAAUGUAACCCAUCGAUGUGCACAGGAGGCAAUGUGGCCCAAACGGUCCUUACCAGCUGCCAACAGAACAAUUCAGUCAUCUCGUUCCCCUCAAUCCCCAAUGCCCUGAAAUUGUGAAAAGUGUCCAUCCAAUUUCAUUUUGAAAUUAUUCAUACUCACUGUUAGGGUUUGAAGUUGAUCUGCAUCAUCCUACCAAUUAGUGAAUUCCAGGUCAUAAUCACUCAUUGUAUUCAAAACAGUUUCUUCUUUACAUUAUCCUUAUAUCUUUUCCCAAAAGUAU